AGGAGAGAGAGAGAGAGAGAGAGAGAGAGACAGAGAGGGAGAGAGAGAGAGAGAGAGAGAGAGAGAUUGUAUUGAUGUUCGCGUGCAGGCUCUGAAGCAGUCGCACCUUUCCACGAGCUCACGAGCUCGCGAGCUUCGGGACGGUUAUUUCCUCCCACCUUCACCUCGCGACACAAAGACCUGCUGCUGUCUUCUCCUCGUGUUCGUGUUGGGACACAAAACUGGAACCAAAACAACAAUAUUGAUAAUAAUUCAUCAUCCGGGGACUGUGAGCGCGCUCACUUCUUCACUUUGUCUUCGUGGAUAAGCCGCCUGAGAGGUGAACAGUGUGAACAGUGUGGGAAUGCAGAAGGAUUAUCAUCUGACCUUAACCCAGAGGAGACUAAGCAACCAGACCCUUCACUUUGCUGCACUCGCACUACGAUGCCUUUGAGGUUAUAAUGUCUGCCCUGAAGCACGUCAUCCUGCAAGAUAAAGACCAGGACGUGGAGAAGAAGAAGCAGCUGGACUGGAGUUACAUCGAGGAGUGGGCUGAGAAUGAAGUGGUCACCACGACAACAGGUGUGGCGACCGCGCAGACGCAAACGGACGAGGAGCGGACUUUUGAGCACAAGGAGACUCAGACCAGCAGCCCGGUGAUCAUGCACAUCGACCUGACGCGGACACACUCCAAGCUGAGACACUCGUCCCUGUCGGACCCCUUUUUUCAGUUCGACCGGCAGGCCCCCGGGCGCAUCUCCACGUCCCCGACACUGAGGAGGAUGAGGAGCACCAGGCGUCCUCUGUCGGACACCUGGGAGACCGUCCCGAUGGGGAGCACCCAGGAGGAGUCUCCCUCUGUGAGCUCCUUCUCCCCAGUACACAAAGUCAAGUCCACUCUCGCAGCCAGCCCGCUCUCCGACGGAGAGAUCCAUCUGACACACUCAACAUCUGGCCGACAGAGAACCAGAUCACAUAGAUCCAAGACUUUAGACAACGGCAUCACCUCCAAGAGACAAGACUGUAGCAGCGCUCAUCCUGCAGGUCUUAAAGACUUUGGAUUUACUGACACUGAAGUAAAGCAGGAGAAGGAGCUCAAUAGGCUCCAGGAGAGGAGGCGGAGCUCCGUGGUGGUCAGCCUCCCAGGAUUGGACGUUUCACCAGGAGACCUUUUUGUAUCCAACGGAGCAGCUGACAUUUUAAAUGGAUCAAACUUCUCUG